AUGGUCAUGAAACCUGAAGUUGAGCAAGAAUUGGCUCACGUCCUUUUGACUGAAUUGUUAGCUUAUCAAUUCGCAUCCCCAGUCAGAUGGAUUGAAACCCAAGAUGUAUUCUUAAAAGACUUGAACACUGAAAGAAUCGUCGAAAUUGGUCCAUCCCCAACUUUAGCAGGGAUGGCUCAAAGAACCUUGAAAAAUAAAUACGAAUCUUAUGAUGCUGCUUUAUCUUUACAAAGACAAGUCCUAUGUUACUCAAAGGAUGCUAAAGAAAUUUACUAUACUCCAGAUCCGGUAGCUGCUGAAGAAGAACAAAAGCCUGAAGAACCUUCUUCCUCUACCCCAGCUGCUGCUCCAACUCCUGUCGCUGUUUCAUCUGCGCCUGUUGCUGUUGCUGCUGCUGCGCCUGCCGUUACUGCUGCUGAAUUACCUGACGAACCUGUUAAAGCCACCUUAAUCUUACAUACAUUAGUUGCUCACAAAUUGAAGAAGCCAUUGGACGCAAUUCCAAUGUCUAAGACCAUCAAAGAUUUAGUUGGUGGUAAAUCUACAGUUCAAAAUGAAAUUCUUGGUGAUUUAGGUAAAGAAUUCGGUUCCACCCCAGAAAAACCAGAAGAGACUCCAUUAGAUGAGCUAGCUGAAACAUUCCAAGAUACAUUCUCUGGUGUUUUAGGUAAACAGUCUACUUCAUUAAUCUCAAGAUUAAUUUCAUCCAAGAUGCCUGGUGGGUUCACUAUCACCGUAGCUAGAAAAUACCUACAAACUCGUUGGGGACUUGCAUCUGGAAGACAAGAUUCUACUUUAUUAGUGGCGCUAUCUAAUGAACCUGCUUCUCGUCUUGCUAAUGAAGCUGAGGCAAAAAGUUUCUUAGAUACAAAUGCUCAAAAAUAUGCUGCUAUUGCUGGUGUUGAUUUAUCUGCUGCUGCUUCUGGUGCAUCAACUGGUGGUACAGCUACAGCUGGCGCUGCCGGUGGUGCUACCAUCGAUGCUGCUCAAUUUGAUGAAUUGACUAAAGAUCAUAAGGUUUUGGCUCGUCAACAAUUACAAGUCUUAGCUCGUUACUUGAAAAUGGAUCUAGAUAAUGGUGAAAGAAAAUUCUUGAAAGAAAAAGAUACCGUCAAGAGCUUACAAGAUCAAUUAGAUUUUUUGACUGAAGAAUUAGGUGAAUUUUUUGUUAAUGGAUUAUCCACUUCCUUUUCUCGUAAGAAGGCAAGAGUGUUCGAUUCUUCCUGGAAUUGGGCUAAACAAUCCUUAUUACAUUUAUAUUUCGAAAUUAUUCAUGGUGUCUUGAAGAAUGUCGAUAGAGAAGUGGUUAGCGAAGCGAUUAAUAUCAUGAACAGAUCUAAUGAAACUUUGAUCAAAUUCAUGGAAUAUCAUGUUUCUAAUACCGAUGAAACCAAAGGUGAAAACUAUAAAAUGGCGAAGACAUUAGGUGAACAAUUAAUUGAAAACUGUAAAGAAGUUUUGGAUAUGGAUCCUGUUUAUAAAGAUAUUUCUAAACCAACUGGUCCAAAGACUGUUAUUGACAAGAAUGGUAACAUUAAAUAUACGGAAGAACCAAGAGAAAAGGUCAGAAAAUUAUCUCAAUAUAUUCAAGAAAUGGCUCUUGGUGGUCCAUUAACUAAAGAAUCUCAAAUUACUAUUGAAGAAGAUUUGACGCGUGUAUAUAAAGCGAUCAAUGCUCAAGCUUCUUCUCAACAUAUUUCUGAUUCAACUAAAUUGGAAUUCGAAAAGCUAUAUGGUGAAUUAAUGACAUUCUUGGCAAAUUCCAAAGAAAUUGACGCUUCUCAAACUACUCAAUUAGCUGGUGGUGAAGGUGAAGAAGAUACAUUAGAUACUGACUCUACAAAGGAAGUUGCCUCUUUACAAAAGAAAUCUACCAUUUCCAAAACUGUUUCAUCAACUAUUCCAAGGGAAACUGUUCCAUUCUUACAUUUGAAGAAGAAGUUAGCAAAUGGUUCUUGGAAAUACGACCGUCACUUAUCCACUAUGUUCUUGGAUGGUUUAGAAAAGGCCGCCAUCAAUGGUGUCACUUUCAAAGACAAAUACGUCUUAAUCACUGGUGCCGGUAAAGGGUCUAUCGGUGGUGAAAUCUUACAAGGUUUAUUACAGGGUGGUGCGAAAGUUAUUGCCACAACACUCGGUGUUACGAAAGCCACUAUGGAUUAUUUCCAAUCUCAAUAUGCCAAAUAUGGUGGUAAGGGUUCCACUUUAGUCGUUGUUCCAUUCAAUCAAGGUUCUAAACUAGAUUGUGAAGCUUUAAUUAAUUAUAUUUAUGAUGAUGAAAAGGCUGGCGGUUUAGGUUGGGAUUUGGAUGCUAUUAUUCCAUUUGCUGCUAUUCCAGAAAAUGGUAUCGAAAUUGAUGGUAUCGAUUCCAAAUCUGAAUUUGCUCAUAGAAUUAUGUUAACUAAUAUUUUCAGAAUUAUGGGUUGUGUUAAGAAACAAAAAUCUGCCAAGGGCAUUGAAACAAGACCUGCUCAAGUUAUCUUACCAAUGUCUCCAAAUCAUGGUACAUUUGGUGCUGAUGGUUUAUACUCUGAAUCCAAAUUAUCUUUAGAAACGUUGUUCAACAGAUGGCAUUCUGAAUCUUGGGCUAAUCAAUUAACCGUCUGUGGUGCUAUUAUUGGUUGGACCAGAGGUACUGGUUUAAUGAGUGGUAAUAAUAUUAUUGCUGAAGGUAUUGAAAAGAUGGGUGUUCGUACUUUCUCUCAAAAGGAAAUGGCGUUCAAUUUGUUAGGUUUAUUAACUCCUGAAGUUGUUAAUUUAUGUCAAAAAUCCCCAGUUAUGGCCGAUUUGAAUGGUGGUUUACAAUUCUUGAAAGAUUUGAAGGAUUUCACUCGUAAAUUACGUAGUGAUUUGACUGAAACUUCAGAAAUUAGAAAGGCUGUUUCUAUCGAAACUGCUUUAGAACACAAGGUAGUCAACGGUGAUAAUGCUGAUGCUGCUUACUCCAAAGUCGAAGUUCAACCAAGAGCCAAUAUUCAAUUGGAUUUCCCAACUUUAAAAUCUUAUAAAGAUAUCAAGGCACAAGUUGCUCCAGAAUUAGAAGGUUUGUUAGACUUAGAAAAGGUUAUUGUUGUUACCGGGUUUGCUGAAAUUGGUCCAUGGGGUUCUGCAAGAACUAGAUGGCAAAUGGAAGCCUAUGGUGAAUUCUCACUUGAAGGUUGUGUUGAAAUGGCUUGGAUGAUGGGUUUAAUAAAAUAUCACAAUGGUAAUUUGAAAGGUCGUCCAUACACAGGUUGGGUUGAUGCUAAGACUAAUGAACCUGUUGAUGACAAGGAUGUUAAGGCUAGAUAUGAAAAGUUUAUUUUGGAUCAUGCUGGUAUCAGAUUGAUUGAACCCGAAUUAUUUAACGGCUAUAACCCAGAAAAGAAACAUAUGAUCCAAGAAAUUAUUGUUGAAGAAAAUAUGGAACCAUUUGAGGCUUCAAAGGAAACUGCUGAACAAUUCAAACAUGAACAUGGUGACAAGGUUGAUAUCUUUGAAAUUCCAGAAACGGGUGAAUAUUCUGUUAGAUUAUUAAAGGGUGCCACUCUAUAUAUUCCAAAGGCCUUGAGAUUCGAUCGUCUAGUUGCUGGUCAAAUUCCAAGUGGUUGGAAUGCUAAAACUUACGGUAUUUCUGAUGAUAUUAUUUCUCAAGUUGAUCCAAUCACUUUAUUUGUCUUAGUCUCUGUUGUCGAAGCUUUUAUCGCGUCUGGUAUCAAUGAUCCGUAUGAAAUGUAUCAAUAUGUUCAUGUUUCUGAGGUUGGUAAUUGUUCUGGUUCUGGUAUGGGUGGUGUUUCUGCUUUACGUGGUAUGUUCAAAGAUCGUUACAAAGAUGAACCAGUUCAAAAUGAUAUUUUACAAGAAUCCUUUAUUAAUACCAUGUCGGCUUGGGUUAACAUGCUGUUAAUUUCCUCAUCUGGUCCAAUUAAAACUCCUGUCGGUGCCUGUGCCACAGCUGUUGAAUCUGUUGAUAUUGGUGCUGAAACUAUUCUAUCCGGCAAGGCCAAGAUUUGUAUUGUCGGUGGUUACGAUGAUUUCCAAGAAGAAGGUUCUUAUGAAUUCGGAAAUAUGAAGGCCACUUCUAACACCCUUGAUGAAUUUGAACAAGGUCGUUCCCCAGGUGAAAUGUCUAGACCUGCAACCACAACACGUAACGGUUUCAUGGAAGCACAAGGUGCUGGUAUCCAAAUUAUUAUGAAUGCUGAUUUAGCUUUGAAAAUGGGUGUCCCAAUCUAUGGUAUUGUUGCUUUAACUGCUACUGCUACUGAUAAGAUUGGUAGAUCUGUUCCUGCUCCAGGUAAGGGUAUUUUAACUACUGCGAGAGAACACCACGGUAAUUUGAAAUUCCCAACACCAUUAUUGAACAUUAAAUACAGAAAAAGACAAUUAGUUGCACGUGAAGUUCAAAUUAAACAAUGGGUUGAAAAUGAACUUGAGUUAUUGAAGUAUGAAGUUGAAGAAGUUUCUCCAGAAGAUGAAAAAGAAUUCUUCAUUGAACGUACUAAAGAAAUUGAAAAGGAAGCUGCUAAACAAUUAAAGGCCGCUCAAAGUCAAUGGGGUAACGAAUUCUACAAAAAUGAUCCACGUAUUGCUCCAUUAAGAGGUGCUUUAGCAACCUAUGGUUUAACUGUUGAUGAUUUAGGUGUUGCUUCCUUCCACGGUACUUCUACUAAGGCUAAUGAUAAGAAUGAAUCUUCCACAUUGAACGAAAUGAUGAAGCAUUUGGGUAGAUCUGAAGGUAAUCCGGUUAUUGGUGUUUUCCAAAAGUUCUUAACUGGUCAUCCAAAGGGUGCUGCUGGUGCUUGGAUGAUGAAUGGUGCUUUACAAAUUCUAAACAGCAGUGUCAUCCCAGGUAAUAGAAAUGCUGACAACAUUGAUAAAGUUUUAGAACAAUAUGAAUAUGUUUUAUUCCCAUCUAAAUCUUUGAAGACUAACGGUGUGAAGGCUGUCUCUAUCACGUCCUUCGGUUUUGGUCAAAAGGGUGCUCAAGCUAUCGUUAUUCAUCCAGAUUACUUAUAUGCUGCUAUUGAUGAAUCCAGAUAUAAUGAAUAUGCCCAGAAGGUUACCAACAGAGAAAAGGCAGCUUACAAGUAUUUCCAUAAUGGUAUGAUUAAUAGCAAGUUAUUUGUCAGUAAGGAACAUGCUCCAUAUAGUGACGAAUUAGAAGAAUGUGUUUAUUUGGAUCCAUUAGCACGUGUUACGCCUGACAAGAAGGAUGGUGCAUUGACUUUCAAUAAUAAAUCUAUUCAAAAUGAAGGUAGUUAUGCUACUGAUUUGAACAAGGAAACUGCUGUUGUAGUUGGUGAAUUGACUAGAAAUGCAGUUACAUCUUCUUCUAAAGCUGAUACUAAUGUUGGUGUCGAUGUGGAAUUAAUUACUAGUAUUAAUGUUGAAAAUGAUACGUUUAUCGAACGUAAUUUUACAACAAAAGAAAUUAAAUAUGCCAAGAGUCAACCAAGUAUUCAAAGUUCCUUUGCUGGUAUAUGGUCUGCCAAGGAAGCUGUUUUCAAGUCCCUUGGUGUUAAGUCUCAAGGUGCUGGUGCAUCAUUGAAAGAUAUAGAAAUUUCACGUGUCAACGGGAAUGCACCUGUUGUCGUGCUACAUGGUGAAGCUAAAGUUGCAGCGGACAAGGUGGGUGUUAGCAACGUAAAGGUUUCAAUUUCUCACGAUGAUUUCCAAUCAGUUGCUGUUGCCAUUGCCACAAAGAAAUAG